CGCUAAUAAUUAUGACAGAUGACAUAUUUUUAGGAUUGACCUCAGUGCAACAAUUUGAUGCAAAGUUAAAAUAGUUUCAUCAGAAACGACAUUCAAUGAGUCAAAUUAGUACAGCUCAUAAUUCUACAUUAAAAAGUGUAAAAUCUACAAUAGGGGAUGGAAUACCUAUGGUUUCAUUCUUGGAUACAUUUGUUGAAAGAAUUCAUUAUUUAGUAACUCAUUGCAAUGAUCAAAUAGAUAGAAAUGAAUGUGUUCGUAUUGCUUUAGAAUUAGGCAUAUCCUUUUAUAAAGUAUAAAGUUUAGGUUCUUAGUAAGAGAGAGAAGAAUUCAUAAUUAAAUAACUCUAAAAUUAAGUAUUUGAGUAAUUGAAAUAAUGGAAAUUGAAAUUAGAGUAAAGAGAACUUCAACGCAAUAAAAUAAAAGUUAUUCAUGAAAAUGAAAAUAAUCUCAAUAUUUUUAAUUGGGUUGAUAUUCACACUAAAUUCAGAAGUCUAAAAAAGAAGUUAAAAUUUGCAUUAAUUGAAAUAUUGAAUUCUAAGGAGAAUAGUAAAAAAAUAUAUUCAUCAGACAAUAUUAUUAACAUAAAUUAUUAAAAACCUGAUAUGCAAUCAAUAAUUGAUGAACUAAAUAAUUUGUUGCAUAAAAUUAAAAAGCAAUAAAAAAUAACAACUAAUAUAUAAUGGUCUAAUGAAAAAGAAAGUGAAUUCAAAUAAAAAAGGAAUUCUGCCAAACAUAGAUUAGGUAUGUUAGUAAAUAGUAAUUCAUUUAAUACUAUUGGAAUGGGUGAAUACAUUAUAACACAUGAUAAAGAAAGACAGGAUCAAUAAAGAAGAGAAGAACUAUUAAUUAAAUAUGAUACUUAAUAAGCUAUGACAGAAGAUGAAUUAUUAUAUUUAGUUAAUACAAGUAUUUUAUUAAAUAAAUGUUCAAAUAAAAAGUAAUUAUUUUAUUAUUUUAAGAUUGCUUUAAACAGUAAUCAAUUAAUUGGAUUCUGAAAUUAUAAGUGAUAUCGAAUUGACAAUAGCUGAAAAUAUAUUAAAUUAAUACUAUAAAGUAUCCAAAGAAAUGAAUCAAAGUAGACAUCUUUAUUUGAAAGUCAAUUAAAAGGCAAAGGAAAAAGAUAGAUCAUAAAUUAACAUUUAAUAAAUAAAUAAAGGAGAUAUAAAGAAAUUAAAGGUAAAUUGAUAUCAAAUUUAAAUAGAUUAAAUUUCUUAAAAUGCUUAGAGAAAUGAAAGAAGAUAGAAAAGAUACUUUUAAGCAAAAUACUGAAAAAUAUAAGAUUUUUAAAUAAGAAUUUAAAAAAGGUAAUCCAAUAGCCAAUCCUUUGGUUUGGAAAUUUAAAGACAUAAUGAUGUCAAUAUUAGAGAGAAAGGUAUGAUUAAUUUAGAUUUAGAAAAGGGAAAGGAGAGAAAAGAAAUUAGCAACAACAAAUGAUUCAAAUAAACCUAUUUUCCCAUCCAAGACCGAAAGUUUGACACUUAAAGUAGUUAUGAGAAAAACACAUCCUAGUUCAAAGGUAAUUGUUAAAUCUUAGCCUGAUUUAAAUGGAAAUCCAAAAACUCCUAUUAAAGUUUAAGAUUACUUAUUAAAAUUGAAAAAAAAGGAUUACGAAAUGAAUAAAUCUAAUUUUUUUUAAUUUUAUUCUGGAGGACCUAUUAGAUAAAGACCUUAUGCACAUCAAUCAUUAACUAUAGAGGAAAGUGAUACUACAUUACCAUAUACAAAUAAAUGGAUCACACCUGAAAUUGAAUUGGCUGCUGCUAAUAAAAUUAAGAAGGCCUUGAAGGCUUAUAUAUCAAAGAAAAGAUUUGAAAAAGCUAUUGCAUAAAAGAAAUUCUUAACUCCUUAACCAGCAAAAUUCUAUAGACUUGUUUAGAAAUUAAAUGAAAAGAGAAAAUAAAUUGAUGUUGAAGGAUGCUAUAAAAGUUUAAAGAUUGCAUUAUAACAACAAUAAUAUAGAAAAAAUAUAAUAAAAAAACCACAACUUGAUUAUUCAAAAGUUCCAAUUCCUAAAGCUAUGAUUUAAUUAAAAUUGAAAUAGAGAAAAUUAUUUUUAGCUUUAAAAGUAAAUAAUACUUUAUGGAUGGAGCAUUCAGGAUUCGUUUUUGAUGUAAGUGAUGUAAAUUGCUAUGAUAUUGAUAUGUAUUGUCCAUUAUAUUAUGCUGCCAAAUAAUAGAGUGUUCCCUUCUGUAAUUUUCUUCUGAAUAAUGGUGCUGAUGUUAAUAUGCCAUGUAAAGAUGGAGAAACUCCUACUUUUGCUGCUUUCACUUCAGGUAAUAUUAUUAUCAUCAACUUAUUUGUAUCAAAUGGAGCAGAUAUUGAUAAACUAAACAAUGAAGGAAAAACACCUUUAUGUUAUUGUUCCAUAGAAUUACUCAAAGAACUCAAUCUAUAAUAUCGUCCUUGUGUGAUCAAAUGA